AUGGUGGACAAAGAAGUAGCCAGAAAUAUUAUAGGCAUCAUUGGAAAUGUACUCUCUUUUUGCCUAUUUUGCUCACCAAUCCCCACAUUCGUGGAAAUUUUGAAAAGCAAAUCAGUUGGGGAGUUCAAGCCAGACACCUAUCUAGCAACCAUAUUGAACUGCUUUCUAUGGAGUUUUUAUGGUCUACCUGUGGUCCAUCGAGACACUCUCUUGAUGUCCAUCAACAAUAUUGGAAUAGCCAUGGAAGCUGUUUAUGUUAUCAUCUUCUUCAUACAUGCUCAAAGGAGUGGCCGAGUUAAAGUACUUAAAUGGAUCUCCAUAGAGCUUGUUUUUUUGGCCACUUUGGUGACAUCCACAUUGAAGUUCAUUGACACCCAUGAACAAAGGUCAAAAAUUGUUGGGAUCAUUUGUCUCAUAUUUAAUAUAGUCAUGUACGCGUCACCCCUUAGCAUAAUGAGGAAAGUGAUUACAGCAAAGAGCGUCAUGUACAUGCCAUUCUAUCUAUCUUUGGCUAUUUUUCUCAAUGGAAUCAUUUGGGUCAUUUAUGCUGUGGUGGAUAAACUUGAUGUCUUCAUUUUGAUUGGGAAUUGUGUGGGAAUAUUAUCAGGAGCCAUACAACUAGUUCUCCAUGCAUGCUAUCAAAAAGCCCAUGGCAAGCCAGCUCCUGAUCUUCAACUUCAACCCUCUACUCCAGAACUGUGA